CCCGCUUUCGGAAACGUACCCAUGUUUGUGAUGCAAGUCCAGCCAACCCCACGUUGUGUCUUUCUGCAUGUGUUGUUGAAGCUUCUAGUGUGUUGGCGAUCGAAGCAUCUACAUAACUCACUUAAAUUGUACUCAACUGGAACCAGGUUUCCCCAACCCACUCACAUAUACACAUACCCCCGCAUAACGUUGCUUCCACCUGGGUCGACUGGUCCCGUGGGCAUGGUGGAUGGGGUACCUGUGCCAGGCCAUAGCAGUCUCUUGUGUUAGUUUCUUGGCGACCUGUCGUUGCUUUCUCAACAAUACCUGUUUGGAAGCAUUCCUGCCGGUUUUCCUGAGACUCAAUUUACACCGAGCCCCGCAGGUCUGGGUCGGGCAAGACUGCACUAUCUUGCGGCAUACAGGAAAUCCACCUCGUCGUUAUGGAUACGCCGGCAUUACCUGCGCCAAGAGAUGCGCGCGAGAAGGAGAUUUUGGAGAGGUUGACGGCAACCCGUGAUCAACUACUUCUGCUGAAACAGGACCGCGCUCAUUAUAUCAGGAGCCAGGAUGUCAUGGUGUUGUACGACCAAGUCAUCGAGAACGUCAGGCAGUUGAACGAGAUUCGACAUGGAGAACACGGAGGGGAAACCCAGUUGGACAAGGUGCUUGAAAGCUGCUUUCAGCUUAUAAGCUUGUUCUUCAUGACUAUUGGUCGAACCAGUGAGGCGCCUGCAGCCUACGCCCUCACCUCCACCAUCAAACGUUUGCUUGACCACCUUGCGGAAGCCGAGUUGUUUUCGGCCAAGGAUCUCGAAAGCAUGUCUGAGACCUUGCAAAAGAUUUCUGGUAUCGUCAGGAGCACAGAGUCGCGCCACUCACCCUACUUGGUCGAGCUACUUUCAAAUCGAUUGGAGCUCUGUCAGAGAAAUUUGGAAAGCCUACAAAGACGGCUUGACCAUCUCGACGGCCCGCUACCUGCCAUUCACGGGAAGCUCAUCUCAAUAUUGCGUUCCAUGUCUUUGGCGAAUACAAGGUCCAAGUUUUCUUCUUCAGAAGUACUAAAGCUCCAAGCAGAGCUCAAAGAAAUAGACGCCAAACGAGUCGAUGGCAAUUUUGUUGACGACAACGGCAAGGUGGCUCGAGGCAACGAUGCUGUUUCGACUUUACUGAAGCGUUGCCUUGAGUGGACCGAAAUUGUGCUUGACCGAAAAGGAAAGGUCCCCGAAAAUUUCAAGAAUAUUUACGAUGUCCUCGUCAGCAUUCGCAACAAGCUAGACAGCCUCUCCCUGACGCAGGCUUGGUCGCUGCGCGAGACUGACUUGUAUGAUUUCCAGCGGACACUCGACAAGAUUGACGAGAAGCGGGUCAAUGGAAAUUUCAUCGACGAGGAAGGAAGACCUGCGGAGCUCUAUGUACAGAGGACUCUUCUGUACCUUAUCAGACGCAGCUACGGUCUGAUCUACUCACUCAUGAUUCUUUCAGAGCCUGUCUCCGAGGCACUCAUCCCAAUCUAUAAUCAGCUUCAGACUUUAAAGCGUAUCCUUAUUGAAGUAAAGGAUUCUGGUGGAGUAAGCUCCGUUAGGGAAUUGUAUCCCUACAGUAUGAAGUUGAACAUGAUCGAUAAUAUGCGGGUUGAUGGUCGUUUUAUGCAUGGAGACGACAUACCUGAAGGCCAAGGCGCCCUCAACGAACUGUUGGCGGAUUGUUACGAACUAGCAUACGAACUGAGAGUCGUCGCCGAAGCAAAGGCCGAGGAAACCCAGACUGAGGACGAACCAAGGCCUGAUGACGGGCCGGGAGCUAAUGAUGGCAGCACAGUGGGAUCCAGAAUUACGCGGGAUGAGGUGUUGACGUGAGCUGACAGUCUCUGCAUGUCGCGGGUGUUAUCUUCCUGGGUCUCUAAUCUCGUCUGAUUUAUGGGCUGGGCUUGUCGAUUCACAUUUCCAACCCCGGCUCUAUUUUCCAUGCUCGAAAUGAAGGUCUUACCUGCUUGCUUUCUAUUUUAUUCUCAUGAUUCUUGUAUUUUUCCCUGUAAUUUGAAAUCUGUAGGGAUCAUCUACGUCGAUGGGAGUGGCGGGACUUUUGGUAGCAUGCGCUCUUCACGGGAUACAGCACACCAAGGGGGUACUCCAAACGAGGCAAGCUCAAAAAAAAAAAAAAAAAAAAAAAAGAUACAA